CUUGAAACAAGUCAUUGUCCGCUAACAAGCGGGCAGAACAGAUUGAUGAAAAAUUAUAUAAAGCGAGACGAGGACAUCGGGUCCUCGUCAGUCGUCUCGUCUUCAUCAUAUCUCUCUCCAGUCGAGCAUCAUCAAGCUGUGAGACUUCAGACUUUGCCCACCGUGAGAACUGAGAUCGACACCAUGGCUGAACAAACUACCCCAAGACAGUCCCCGAGCGGGUCAAAAAAAUCAUCUAACAUGGAAUCAGAGAUGCCUCCUCUUCGACGGUGCCCUAGAACAUUUGAUGAAAUGGGCAUUCCGCAUCAUGUAGACUCGGAGGAGUUCCAGACAAGCGUUGUACGGCGCCUCAGCAAAAGCCUCGGCAAGAAAAUCGCUGGAACUUUUCUUGCUCGGCAGCAUCGGACUGAUGCUCAUGACAGAGAAGGCGACGGGCCGUCUGUGAAACCAGGGAAGGAGCAUGCGACUUUCCGGCUUCAUGCAAAUACCGAGGCUACGAAGCCCACAGACACGUUACUGACGAACGAGUCAAAGCCCGAUAACGCCUAAUUGUCCGUAUCUAGACAUACUGGACAACGAUUCACGAACUUCGCAUCAGCGAAGCAUAAGGUACCUACCUACUUAGACAGUAUCAUUAUCAAUCUUCACUGGGAAAAAGACACAAACCCU